UCACACCUUCAGCUGGGUCAAAUUUCUCCUGCAGGUCACUGCGUCCUCUUCGGGAAAAGAGGUUUCAUCGGGACGGCGGCGCAUCGCUGACGUUUCAUCCCUGGAAUACUUUUUAAAGCUGAGCUUUUUAAGAAUCUUGGACCAUGUGAAAUAAAUCGAGUCUCUGUUGUUUUAAGCUUGUAAAUGAAUUUAGGAGAGUCCUCGACUAAAUUUCGAAUGAGUUCUGCUCGCUGGUGAUCCCCGAGCAGAGACGGUUUAGGGGGGGGGAGGCGAACGAGCACAUUUUCUUCUCGGCACAGCAUGAACCUCAUCGGGGGCUACCAGCAUCACCACCACCACCACCUGAUGCACGAACCUUUCCCGUUCGUCCAGCGGUGCCACCAGGACGCGCCGUACUUCCAGAGCUGGGUGGUGAACCACGGGGAGGUGCCCGCGGAUUUCCAGAUCCAGGCGCCCUACACGCCGUCCGCGGAGCUGGGCGCGCAUGGAGCUGCGCACGACGGCCGGCUCGAGGGGCUCCAGCCGGGGAUGGGAAAGAGGAGGGCGUCCGGGCCGAAGAAGGAGCGCCGCAGGACGGAGAGCAUCAACACGGCUUUCGCGGAGCUCCGGGAGUGUAUUCCCAACGUUCCCGCAGACACCAAACUGUCCAAAAUCAAAACUCUGCGCCUGGCGACCAGUUACAUCGCGUAUCUGAUGGACGUGCUGGCCAAAGACUCCGGCGAGACGGAGGGCUUUAAGGCCGAGAUUAAGAAAUUUGAAACGCGGGAUUUGAAAAGGAAACGAGAGCUGACCGACGGCCUGCAGGAGACUUUUGGAGGCGAAAAGAAGGUGAAGGGCCGGACCGGGUGGCCGCAGCAGGUCUGGGCCCUGGAGCUCAACCAGUGACCUCCUCAGAAAACACACACACACACACACACUCUGACUAAGGCCGAAUACACCGCUGUGCAUGCGCAGUGAUGCGCUAUAAAAGGGAGAAAAUCAAAGGGCAACGCGGAAAGAAGGAGCUGCAGGAACGCUGCUCAUUACUGUGUUCCCCACAAUAAUAAUAAUAAUAUGAUAGAGAUAUUUGUGGUAUUUCUGCUUUUUAACUGUUUCUCUUUAGGUCUUCACGUCAAAGUAGAUGUUGCCAAAAACAUUUGUGUCCGUGUUCUCUGGCCUUCCAUGUUUUUUUGUCAUUUCCCAUCAGAGCAAAGAGUGCGCAAAGCUUUAAGUUUUUUUUUUUUGUUUGUUUUUAUGUCUGUCGAUUAUUGUAAUAAUAACAAGGUAAGAAAUGCAGUACAUUUGAGACUUUUUUUCACUGAUUCGUAAUCUUUACUGUUGAAAAUGUUUAACCAAUCACAAACUGUUUUCAUCGUUUAAGAGACUUAAUGUUUGACUGUCGCUUUUCUUUACUCGCACCUGUAAAUUACAGCAAUCAGAAAGCGGCUUCGCAGCAACUUCUUACUGAUCAGGAUUAUUUAAUUUCUAAUUUAACCUGAACUUAAUUUAAAUUCUGAGUUCCGUUUUGACUUGACGGCACUAAAAGAACAUCACGUUGUAGUUUUAUUCUGACUCUGAAUCCGCGGUCAUAACCAAGCGCUCUCCACCGGUGUAAACUCUGCAGACUCUAGUUGUUGAAUUAAUUGAAUCUACCUCAGUACUUUAAAUGUCACUGUCCAGCGGGAGGAGAGGAGAGAAACCAACCGAGAGUGAGACACUAACAUUAACGCAGCUUUUCACUCCCGACAUGUAAAACGGUCAAUGUAAAGAAAAAAAAAGAAAAAAAAAAGUGGAAUAAAAUGUUUAUUAUUGUGCGCAAUGUUAAUGGAAAUGUGUGUUAGAUGUGAAGGUAUAUUUGGUUCCAUAAAUAAAUGGAUUAUUUCAUGACAUUA